AUGUGUGAUACCACCAGUGAGCACGUACGCCCUCUCGUCAUAGUGGCGACUGACUUCGACGCUUCCGCGCAUGGGCAACCAGGUCUCCCCGAGCUUCCCAUAGAGCUAUCCGACUACAUUCUCGACAACCUCUGGAAUGACCGCCGCACCCUAGAGGCAUGCAGUCUAGUAUGCCGCACAUGGCUUCCAACCACUCGUCUGCACCUGUUUCAUGCCCUCUCCUUGUCCGGCCGGCACGAAGUUAGUCACCUCGAGAGCACCCUCCACGGCCGCCUCCCAACCAUCCCCGACUUCACUCGCUACAUUCGUUCCCUCUCACUCGUAAGCAUAUACCCCCUCGAAGACUGGCUUGGGCCGACGCUCCCUUCGUCGUUCCAACAGCUCGGUCAUAUCCGCCAUCUUCGACUCACACGAUUCACCCCUACGUGCUUCGAGUGGCAGCCCGUCGUCGAAGAGCUAGCAGUUCUCUUUCCCGAUAUCAGUGAACUCUGCCUUGAAGACAUAAGGAUGGACGAGCCGCGUCGCCUUCGGCACAUGCUCUCAGCGUUCCCUGCGCUGUCGGCACUGAAAGUCACCUCCGGUAUUUGGUUGUCAAAUGCGUCUCAGUUUGCGACUAUUCGAAGACACUGGGUUGACGAGCUGGAAUCGGAUCUGCCUCAGGUUCUCGGCGAUGAAGUGCUCGAAUCAGGGACAUCGGUCGACGUCAAGCGAAUGGUUCAGAUUCGUAAAUUGGAAUUGGGGCACGGGCUGUACAACGACGCUACGGCUCUGUUGCUCCUAAAUGCACCCUUCCAGCUGCGAGCACUAGAGCAAGCGCGGAUCUCUUGGACGUACAUCCGGGACAGCGCACUUCCGAUUUUUACCUCAUUCCUUGCCAAAUGCGCCGAGACGGUUAUGGAUCUUCAAAUCAUGCUCAAUGGAUACACAUCGCGUGAACCCCUCCUCAACGCUCUGCGCGCGCUGCAAUUCCCUGAGCUUCGCACACUUCACUUCGGAAUAGUUCACCUUCCGGGCGGGAUUCCCGAUAUGCGAUGGAUACCCGCAAUGCUUAGAUCGUUACAGAACAACUCGACAAAUAUUCAACAAAUUAAAUUAUCUCUUAACAUCGCGGGACUCGAUAGCCUCGGUGUUCUCAGUUGGAGGGACAUCGACGCCCAGCUCUCAGCGCUAGCAGAACAGUUUAUGGGGUUCACAUUAUCUAUUGUCGUUACGAGCUGCUUGGAUGAGGUCUUGGUGCGCGCAGACGUGGUGGAGGACAUCAAGAACAGGUUAGAGCAUGCACGAGAGCUCUUAGGGGAAGAACGGCUAGAAGUGACAUGCCCUCAGGAAAAUGAUAUAUUCUGGACAUGA